UUCCCAUAGUUUUUUAUUUUGUGUUGAAAUCAUGAGUCAGGAGCAGCCUCGCCAGAACGACGAUGAGCAGCUGGAAACCAUCAAAUACGGGGACGUUUUUAACGUCUCGGGUGAGCUGGCUGCGAACCCUAUCGCACCUGAGGAUGCUCGCAUGAUGGACAGUGCUGAAACGAGGGUGUUGGGGCAAGUGCCUAAGGCUGGUUCGGCCGAUGUCAUGCGGGCCGCCGCUGCUCAUAAUGUCCAAAUUGGUCUUCUUAGUAGCCGUGAUAUUAGCGAUGCUGCUAAAUACCAAGGCAUUAACAUCAGCGAGACUGAUGUUCCCGGAGCCCGUGUCGUUACUGAAAGCGUUGCCGGACAGGUUGUUGGACAGUAUUUGGACACAACGAUGGCGAGUGGGAUAGAGACGCCGGAGCAGAAUGUAAUCACGAUCGGACAAGCCCUGGAAGCAGCAUGUCAAACUGUAGGAUACAAGCCAGUGGAACAGAGUGAUGCUGCAGCAAUUCAAGCCGCUGAGGUACAAGCAACAGGCAACAAUGUCAUAAGCCCAGGUGGGCUGGCCGCCACUGCUCAGGCGGCAGCAACUUUCAAUGCCAUAAUGGAUCGAGAUGAGGACAAGAUCAAGCUCAACUAUGUCCUAACGGCCGCAACUCAGAAACUAGCGACAGACAGAGCGGUGAGCCAACAGGAUGCGGAGGGGGUGGUGAGUGCCGAGCUAAGGAACAAUCCAAGCCUGACGACACACCCAGGUGGGGUGGCGGCCUCCAUAGCUUUCGCUGCUAGACUGAAUGAGGGUGAUGCAGAGGGGGUGGUGAGCUCAGAUCUGAAGAACGAUCCAAGCCUGACGACACACCCAGGUGGAUUGGCAGCCUCCAUCAUCGCCUCCGCGGGACAGAAUGAGGACGGCGGGGGUAUAUGAAAAGGUAACAGCAGCUUAACUGAGAGUUCUGAGCGAGUGUUUAGGUAUAUGAAAAAAGUAAUAACAGCUUAACUAAGAGUGUGAGUGAGUGUUUGUUUUGGAAAUGAAGUGUUGGUUUUGAUCAGGAAUUUUGUUUUUCUGAUACCGUUAUUCGUGUCUUUAAAAACAAAACUCUGCUCCACAAGAAAGCAGCCUUUUUAUUUUCCCCUUGGUUCUUUUUUUUUUUUUUUUUUUUCCUUUCUUCUUUCUGUUUGUGUGAUUUUAAAAUGGAGAGGUAAAUAAUAAGGGGAAAAAACCAGCUGUUUGGUUUCAGAAUAUGUUGACUGUUCACUGUGGAGUCAGGUUUUUUUGUUUUUAUUUCAAGAGGAUCGAGAAAUGUUCAGGGAUAUGGAUUGGUCUUUUCUC